GUUGUCCACUAUCUCAAAUUCUUCAAAAGAGAAGCAUUUUAUAAAGCAAUAAAACAAAGCAUGGUGAUGGUAGUUAUACUUUCUAUUAAUGGACUGUUGAUUAUGUUUCAUCUGCCUCUUCACUUAAAGAAACAAUGGUAGUCAUACUUCACAUACGUUAUACAGUAUACUCUGAGAUGUGUUAAUACUCUGUUUUAUCUUACCUUUUACACUUUGAGCAACAAUUGCAGCAAUGUUGACCGUUGACUCUCAACACUGUUUCAGUUUCAUACUCCUCUGCUUCUUCUCACUCCUCUGUUACUCUCUCUUGUUCAAGAAACUAAAGGACUCACAUGUUGGCCGUGAUUUGCUUCAGAGCCCUCCAUCUCUUCCGAUCAUAGGCCAUCUUCAUCAUCUCCUCUCUUCUCUAGCACACAAAUCUUUGCAGCAACUCUCAUCCAAGUAUGGACCUCUCCUACAUCUCAGCAUCUUCAACUUCCCUGUAGUCCUCGUCUCCUCGGCCUCUGUGGCUUACGAGAUCUUCAAGGCUCAUGACUUGAACAUCUCGUCUCGCGACAAUCCUCCAAUCAAUGAGUCCCUCUUGGUCGGUUCUUCUGUGUUCGUCGGCGCCCCCUAUGGAGAUUAUUGGAAGUUCAUGAAGAAGCUCUUGGUUACAAAGCUGCUGGGACCACAGGCACUCGAGCGGUCAAGAAGCAUCCGUGCAGAUGAGCUAGAGCGGUUUUACAGAAGCUUGCUCGAUAAGGCGAUGAAGAAGGAGAGUGUUGAGAUUGGUAAGGAAGCAACGAAGCUAAGUAUCAACAGCAUAUGCAGGAUGAGCAUGGGGAGGAGUUUUUCAGAAGAGAGUGGUGAGGCUGAGAGAGUUAGAGGUUUGGUUACCGAGUUAGAUGGCUUGACGAAGAAGGUUUUGUUGGUAAACAUAUUGCGCUGGCCGCUUGAGAAGCUCAGAAUCUCUCUGUUCAAAAAAGAGAUAAUGUAUGUUUCGAACAGCUUUGAUGAGCUGCUGGAGAGGAUUAUUGUGGAACGUGAAAAGAAACCGAAUGAACAUCAGGGUACAUACUUGAUGGACGUGUUGUUGGAAGCUUAUGAAGACGAAAAAGCAGAGCAUAAGAUCACUAGGAACCAUAUCAAGUCGUUGUUCGUGGAGCUUUUACUUGGAGGCACUGAUACCUCGGCGCAAACAAUACAGUGGACAAUGGCCGAGCUCAUCAACAACCGUAACGUUCUUAAGAGAUUGAGAGAAGAAAUUGAUUCGGUUGUAGGAGAAACAAGGUUGAUUCAAGAAAAGGAUCUACCAAAGCUACCUUAUUUACAAUCUGUAGUCAAAGAAGGGCUAAGAUUGCACCCGCCAUUGCCUCUCAUGGUAAGGACGUUCCAAAGAAGUUGUGAGAUGAAAGGGUUCUACAUAGCGGAAAAGACAACACUUGUAGUUAAUGCUUAUGCUGUGAUGAGAGAUCCUACUACUUGGGAAGAUCCUGAUGAGUUUAAGCCAGAGAGGUUUCUAAGGCAAGAGGAGGAGAGAAGAGCACUGAAGCACAUUGCUUUUGGAAGUGGAAGGAGAGGCUGUCCAGGAUCAAACCUAGCUACUAUUUUCAUAGGAACUGCAAUUGGAACAAUGGUGCAGUGUUUUGACUUGAGCAUCAAAGGAGACAAGGUCAAAAUGGAUGAGGUUGGAGGACUCAACUUGACCAUGGCUCAUCCCCUUGAGUGCAUUCUUGUUCCUCGAACCCAACCUUUCAUUUCUAACCAGCAGAUUCCAAGUUUGUAAUUUCCAUGAAUCCUAAUUAUUGUUUUUAUUAUUGUAAUUCCAACCUUUCAUGACCAAACGGUUCAAGUUUGGUUUUUAUUUUAUUUUCACGGUUUACAAUACGAAACCGUAAUUAUUGUGGUCUACUGUUGGAUUUGUCCUGAAAUAAGAAAAAGUUAAAAGUGUCCUUGUCUUGUCGUCUCUUUC